GGCCGAAAUUGCCGCAGCAAAUACACCACACGGUCCACACCACAGCGUUGUCACCACCGCGAUGGGAAACCCUAGUCGAAGGGGGUCGGCGCGCGGCGGAGGGGCCGGCGAGUCGGAGAUCCACGCGGCGGCGCGAUCCGGCGAUCUCCGCACGGUGGAGUCCAUUUGCAACUCCAACCCCCUCGCCAUCAACUCCCGCGACCGCCACUCCCGUACCCCACUCCAUUUAGCUGCAUGGGCGGGGCAAACUGAGGUGGUGAGUUAUCUAUGCAAGCACAAGGCCGAUGUGGGAGCAGCUGCGAUGGAUGAUACAGGAGCAAUACACUUCGCCUCACAAAAGGGCCAUACGGAAGUAGUUCGUGUGUUGUUAUCAGCUGGGGUCUCUAUUAAAGCUGGUAAUAGGAAAGGUAUGACCCCGCUACACUACGCUGCUCAGGGAUCACAUCUCGAGUUGGUCAAAUAUCUCGUGAGGAAAGGUGCGGAUAUCAAGUCGAAGACGAAGGGCGGACAAACUCCUCUUAAUCUUGCAGAAAAUGAGGAAGUCUGCGCUUUCCUGAAAGAAUGCGAGCAGUCUUUGAAAAAAGGCAGUGAGUUGAAUCCUAGCAAGAAAGCUGAUGAAUCUGUUUCAGAAUCAUCUGGAAAAGAUAAUGAAGCUGGAGAGAAGAAAGCUGCUGCAAUGGAGAAGAGGAAAGGUGAAGAGAUUAACGAAGAGAGCUUUUUGGAACCAAAGAAGGCCAAAGUCUCUCUCGAGCACCUGAUUAAUGAAAAUGAUGAGCAGGAUGCAGAAGAGUAAUAGUUCUGAUUAAUUUUGGCAGAAUUCACUUAUACUUAGAAGAGGUUAUUUUAAUUCGCUUUCUGAAGUUUGGCCGGUAGAGCAGGACAGAGUUUAAUUCUUGUACAAGUGCAGAUGUGAAGAUGAUUACUUCCUCUUCUUCCGUGUAAAUUGAGUUACAGAAAUCAGUAUGGAGUUUAGCAUGUCAUCAUUAACUCUCCAGUUUAUCCGUGGAUGAAAUUCAUAAGAGUCAAUUUGAGAAGUCUGAAUCUCUCUUUGAUAGAGGAGGAUUCAAAUCUGCCUUCAAGAGCAUUUUUCAAACCCUCCUCUUAGUCUGUAAUAUAUAUGUAUAAUAGUACGAACUAAUCGUUGGCAUGAAGAGUGCAUGGUAAUGGCUAAUUAGAUCAUUUGAGUUGCUUCGUGCCAUGGUAAUGGCCAGUUAGAUCA